AUGAUGUCAUCAUAUCAAUGCGGUAUACCUGAGAAGGCGAUAGCUGUGAUUCUUCGCCAGCUUCUCGACGCGCUUUCCUAUCUCCAUGCUCAACGAAUUAUACAUAGGUCGAUCCGAGCCAACCACAUCUUGAUAGACGCUCAUGGUGGAGUGCGUCUUACUGGUUUCCGUCUUUCGCGAAGACUCUCAUAUAACGAAAAGUCAACUACGGAUUUU